CCAGGCCUGAUCACCAGCAGCCAGUCUGCUGCCUACGCUAUCAGCAAGUUCAUCAGCGGGGUGCUGUCGGACCAGAUCAGCGCCCGCUGGCUCUUCUCCAUCGGCCUCUUUCUGGUGGGCACCAUCAACGUGGUCUUCUCCUGGACCUCCACUGUGAGCGUCUUCGCAGCGCUGUGGUUCAUCAACGGGCUGGGCCAGGGGCUGGGCUGGCCCCCCUGCGGGAAGGUGCUGAGGAAGUGGUUCGAGCCGUCUCAGUUUGGGACCUGGUGGGCGGUGCUCUCCUGCAGUAUGAACCUGGCGGGGGGGCUGGGCCCGCUCGUCGCCACGGUGAUGGCGCUCAGCUACAGCUGGAGGACCACGCUGUCCAUCUCGGGGCUGAUCUGCAUCGCCACGUCCUUCCUCUGCCUCCUCUUCAUCCAGAAUGAGCCGGCCGACGUAGGGCUGCCCAACAUCGAACCUGGGACAAAGAAGGGCAAAGGGGGCUCCUCGGAGAGUGACAAGAGCACCCUGAAGGAGUUCCUGCUGUCCCCCUACCUCUGGGUUCUCUCGGUCGGGUACCUGGUCGUGUUUGGAGUGAAGACCGCCUGCACGGACUGGGGGCAGCUCUUCCUCAUCCAGGAGAAGGCCCAGUCCAUGCUCAUGGGAAGCUCCUAUAUGAGUGCUCUGGAGGUGGGGGGUCUGGUUGGCAGUAUCGCCGCGGGGCUCCUCUCUGACAGGGCCGUCGCUCGGCAAGGCCUACGUAGUCAUGGCAACCCUCGGCACGCCCUCCUGCUCUCUAUGAUGGCCGGGAUGACCGUGUCCAUGUACCUCUUCCGGGUCACCAUCACCCCUGACUCCUCCAAGGAGUCUACU